AUGGUCCUCAGCAUUCAUCUUGGUCCUCAUCAUUAUCAUCAUCAGCAUCCUCACCGGCAUUCUUUUUGGUCCUCGGCAUUAUCAUCAUUAGCAGCAUUCAUCAGCAGCAUUAAUCAGCAGCAUUCAUCGUUGGUAUUCAUGUUGGUCCUCAUCAUCAUUAGCAUUCAUGUUGGUCCUCAUCAUCAUCAUCAUCAUCAUCAUCAUGAGCAUCCUCACCGGCAUUCAUCUUGGUCCCCAUCAUCAUCAUCAUUCGUCUUGGUCCUCAGCGUUAUCAUCAUCAGCAUUCAUCUUGGUCCUCAUCAUGAGCAUCCUCACCGGCAUUCAUCUUGGUCCUCACCAUCAUCGUCAACCCUAAAGCUUUAG